CAGCAUUUCUCAGGAGGGAAGAGUUGGGGAGGCUCUGGCAGCUUGGGAAACGUUUUAACUUUAAAGUCACCGGUUUGCAGGAAUACAUAAAGUGGAAUAGCAGAUUGGGACACGAGUGGAUGGAAAGCGAACACCUUUCUUUACUACUCACUAAAUCUGUUUGAAGAUGGCAUCAGAAGAAGAGUAUGAAGAAGAGAUUGCGGAGGAGUACUACUAUGAGGAGGGUCCAACAGUCACCACCACGACCACCUCAAUGUCUCAUGGUGUUGAGCUUGGACCUGGUGGCCUUCCCAAACGCACGGUUAGGAAGAAGGUGAAGGUGGACACCUCCAAGUUCAUGACUCCUUACCUGGCUCACAGCCAGAAGAUGCUUGAUCAGUACAGCCAUAAUAAAUACAGGGAGGAAUAUGAAAAAUCAAAGGGGCAGCCCUAUGCCAUUUCGGCUGACACACCUGAGAUGAUUCGCAUCAAGAAGGCCCAGGAGCAGCUCAGUGAGGUGAAAUACCGUAUGGAAGGACUGAAGGCCAAAACCACCAGCCUUUAUGAUGGUGAGGCUCGUGAGAUUGCUCACGUGAAGCACGUCUCUGACCUCAUCAGCAAAGUUCUGUACAGGCAAAAAUGGGAUGAGACUAAGGAUAAGUACUUGCUUCCUCCUGAUGCCCCUGAGUUGGUUCUUGCUGUGAAGAAUGCAGCAAAUUACAGCAAGAAACUGUACACAGAGGCAUGGGAUGAGGAUAAAACCAUGUACUAUCCAUACAGUGACAGCCCAGAGCUGCGCAGGGUGGCCAAGGCCCAAGAAGUCCUCAGUGAUAUUGUUUACAAGAAGGGCCAUGAUGAGCGCAAGGCAAAGUACACAUGUCUGGCUGAUCCCCCAGAGGUUGAACUGGCCAAGAAAAACUUUGCCAUUCGUAGUAAUCUUAAAUAUCAUGAGGAUUACAACAAGAACGUCAAGGGCAAAUGGUGUGAAACCCCUUACUUUGAUGUCGCUGUUGCUAGAAUGGUUAUGGACAACAUCAGCGACAAAAAAUAUACGGCUGAUUUUGAAGAUAUGAAAGACCAAAUUUAUUUUAUGCAAACAGACACACCAACAUACGCUUCCAAUAAAAAGGCUCGUGAAGCUGCAAGUACGGUCAAAUAUAAGCAGGACUAUGAGAAGAAAAAAGCAACGUCCGAUUACAAUGUUCUCCCUGCUACAGAGAACCCCCUUCUCAGACAGCUGAGAUACGCAGGAACCAUCUUGAGUGAUAAAGUGUAUAAAGCUAAUUAUGAGAAAUCACGGGGAUUCAGCAUCAAUUACUGCGACACUCCCAAAUUCAAGAUGGACAGUGUAUUGAAGAAGUUCGGUGAUAUCCGUUAUAAAGAAAAGUAUGAAAAUGAGGUGAAGGGUCAUUAUGUUGGUAGCUAUGAAGAUGUAUUUACAGUUCACUGCCAGAAGGUGGAAGAAUUGAAGAAUGAUCAAACCUACAAAGCUGAUUAUGAGGACAUGAAGGCCAAGUGUUUCUUCCCUCAAACUAUUACACCUGAAUAUGAAGCCAGUAAGAAGCUUCAGCAAUGUCAAGAUAAAGUUUAUCGUCAGCAUCCAGACAAGGUGAAGUUCACACAGGUGACAGACUCACCUGUUCUAGUGCAAGCUGCCAUCAACGCCAAACAGCUGAGUGAUCUCAACUACAAGGAAAAGUAUGAGAAGGAGAAGUUUAAGUGUUACCUUCCUCCUGAUUACCCUUUCUUCAUUCAGUCUAGAGUUAAUGCGUAUAACCUUAGUGAUACGUGUUACAAGUUUGAAUGGGAAAAAGCAAAAGCAAAGAAAUUUGAGGUGAAAGGGGAUGCAAUUUCGAUCCUUGCAGCCCGUGCUCACACUAACAUCGCCAGCGAUGUGAAAUACAAGAAGGAAUAUGAGAAGAACAGAGGACAGAUGAUUGGGGCCCUCAGCAUCAAAGAUGACCCUAAGAUCAUGCAUUCAGUGCAUGUUGCUAAGAUCCAAAGUGAGCGCGAGUACAAGAAAGACUAUGAGAAGAUGAAGACCAAGUACCAUACUCCACUGGACAUGAUGCUUGUGACACUUGCUAAGAAAUCUCAGGCCAUUGCCAGCAUGACUGGCUAUAAGAAUAUCCCAAAUCGUUACCUCCUUCCUUAUGACAGCAUACCACUGGACCAGGCAAAGAAGGCCAAUGCUCUUCAGAGUGAUAAUGGAUACAAGUACGAAUACAAUAACUACGUCAAAGGAACGCCUUGGGUGCCUUACGGCUCUAUGGAAGUUGAGAAAUCCAAGAAAGCAGGGGAGAUCUUAAGUGAGAAAAAAUACAGGCAGCUUCCAGACACCGUACCUUUUACAGCUAUAGAUAACCACCCUCUCCAGCUGCAGGCUAAAGUCAACCAGAUGAUAAGAAGUGAUCUGCACUAUAAGAAAGGUCUGGAUAAAAUCCUUCAGAAAAACUCCCUGCCUCCUGAUGUCCCAGAGUUACUUCAGGCCAGGUGUAAUGCCUACAACAUAAGCGAUAAAUACUAUAAGCUUGAAUGGCUGAAGACUAUUGCAAAGGGGUAUGAUUUGAAGCCUGACGCCAUCUCUGUACAAGCUGCAAAGGCAGCAAGACAUGCUGCUAGUGAUGUUCAGUAUAAGAAGAAGUAUAUGAAGGACAGAGGCCACCAUGUUGGCUUCCGUAGCCUCCAGGACGACCCCUUGCUGGUGCACUACAUGGAGGUGGCUAGAAUACAGAGUGAUAAACUAUACAAGAAGGAUUAUCACAAGGCUAAACUGAAGUACCAUACACCUGUGGACAUGUUGAGUGUCGCGCAUGCCAAACAUGCCUCAAAGGUUCAGACAUUUGCAGGAUACAAGCAGCAUUUCCAUCAUUACACCCUGCUGCCCGAUGCCAUGAACCUGGAGUUAGCUCGCUCCAUGAACCUCAGCUCCAGUGAUGUCCAGUAUAAACAGGAUUAUGAGAACUACGUAAAGGGCACUGGCUGGAUCCCCAUCGGUUCUCUGGAUGUUGAAAAGGCAAAGACUGCUGGUGCAGCUCUCAAUGAGAAGAAGUACAGGCAGCACCCAGACACUAUCAAGUUCACCAGCGUUCUGGACACCCCAGUCAUGGAACAAGCCAAACUGAAUGCACAGCAGCUAAGCGAUAGGCUGUACAAAGCCAGUGGUGAGAAGUUCAUGCACACUUACCAUCUCCCUGCUGAUGCACCAGAGCUUCUGCAAGCCAAAUACAACGCUGUCAAUAUCAGCAAGACAUACUAUACCUACGCACACAAGCAGGAUCUUCUGAAAGGACAUCAAAUGAAGCAUGAUGCCAUUCCUAUUGUUGCUGCGAAAUCCUCUAGGGAUAUUGCCAGUGAUUACAAGUAUAAGCUUGCUUAUCAGAAGGCUAGAGGUCACCAUGUUGGCUUCCGUAGCCUCCAGGACGAUCCCUUGCUGGUGCACUACAUGGAGGUGGCUAAGAUGCAGAGCGAGAGGAACUACAAGAAGGAUUACCACAAAAUCAAGCUGAAGUACCACUCCCCUGUGGACAUGUUGAGUUUUGUGCAGGCCAAAAACGCCUCAAAGGUUCAGACAUAUGCAGGAUACAAGCAGCAUUUCCAUAAUUACACCCUGCUGCCUGAUGCCAUGCACGUUGAACUGACUCGCAACAUGAUGGAGAUCCAGAGUGAUAAUUUGUACAAAUCAGAUUUCAACAACAUCUUCAAAGGAGCAGGCUGGGUUCCCAUAGGUUCUAUAGAUGUUGAGAAGGCCAAGGCUGCCAAUAAAGCCCUUGAUGAGAGGUCAUACAGAAUUCACCCCAGUACGCUAAAAUUUACCAGUCUAACAGAUCAGAUGAACAUGGUUUUGGCCAUGAACAACACAAAACUACAAAAUAAAGCUGCCUAUAAAGCCUCUGGAGAGAAAUGUAUGCACACCUACAAUCUACCAGCUGAUGCCCCAGAGUUCCUGCAGGCCAAAUAUAAUGCUCAGACUAUGAGUGAGUCACACUACAAGGCACAGUGGCUUGUGGACAUUGCUAAAGGCUAUGACAUGAAAGCUGAUGCUAUUUCCAUUGUUGCUGCUAAACAAGGAAGACACAUUGCCAGCAACUACCAAUACAAAAAAGCAUAUGAGAAAGCAAAGGGCCACCACGUUGGCUUCCGUAGCCUCCAGGAUGACCCCUUGCUGGUGCACUACAUGGAGGUGGCUAAGAUGCAGAGCGAGAGGAACUACAAGAAGGAUUACCACAAGAUCAAGCUGAAGUACCACUCCCCUGUAGACAUGUUGAGUGUUUUGCAGGCCAAAAGCGCCUCAAAGGUUCAGACAUAUGCAGGAUACAAGCAGCAUUUCCAUCAUUACACCCUGCUGCCUGAUGCCAUGAACCUGGCGUUAGCUCGCUCCAUGAACCUCAGCUCCAGUGAUGUUGAGUACAAGAGUGAGUACAACGCCACCAUGAAGGGUAUGGGUUGGGUGCCCAUUGGUUCACUGGCUGUAGAGACCGCAAAGGUUGGAGGAAAGAUCCAGAGUGAACACAACUACCGCACUCACCCCUCCAACUACAAGUUCCACAAACUUAUGGAUUCUAUGGACCUCACAUUGGCUAGUGCUAAUAAUAAGAUCAUGGACAAGAAAUCCUAUCAUGCUGCCUGGGAAAAGGACAAGCUCAAGAUUCAUGUGAUGCCUGACAGUCCUGAUAUUGUCCUGGCCAAGGCCAAUGCAUUGAACAUGAGCCAGAAACUCUACAAAGCUGGCCUUGAGGAAAUGAAUAAGAAAGGCUAUGACCUCAAACCAGAUGCUAUUUCGAUUGUGGCUGCCAAAGCCAGCAGGAAUAUUGCUAGCAAUUACAAGUAUAAGCUGGCAUAUGAGAAAGCGAAAGGCCACCAUGUUGGCUUCCGUAGCCUCCAGGACGAUCCCUUGCUGGUGCACUACAUGGAGGUGGCUAAGAUGCAGAGCGAGAGGAACUACAAGAAGGAUUACCACAAGAUCAAGCUGAAGUAUCACACCCCUGUGGACAUGUUGAGUGUUGUGCAGGCCAAAAAUGCCUCAAAGGUUCAGACAUAUGCAGGAUACAAGCAGCAUUUCCAUAAUUACACCCUGCUGCCCGAUGCCAUGAACCUGGCGUUAGCUCGCUCCAUGAACAUCAGCUCCAGUGAUGUUGAGUACAAGAGUGAGUACAACGCCACCAUGAAGGGUAUGGGUUGGGUGCCCAUUGGUUCACUGGCUGUAGAGACCGCAAAGGUUGGAGGAAAGAUCCAGAGUGAACACAACUACCGCACUCACCCCUCCAACUACAAGUUCCACAAACUUAUGGAUUCUAUGGACCUUGCAUUGGCUAGUGCCAAUAAUAAGAUCAUGGACAAGCAAGCAUACACAGACGCUUGGAACAAGGACAAGAUAAAUAUCCAUAUCAUGCCUGACAGUCCUGAAAUCAUUCUUGCAAAGGCUAAUGCAGUCAACAUCAGUGAGAAAGCCUACAAAGCAGGACUGGAAGCCCUGAAGAAGAAAGGUUAUGACCUCAAGGCAGAUGCUGUAUCAGUGGUUGCAGCUAGGGCCUCCACAAACAUUGCCAGUGAUUACAAAUACAAAAAGGAGUACAACAAAGCAAGAGGACAUUAUGUUGGCUUCCGUAGCCUCCAGGACGACCCCUUGCUGGUGCACUACAUGGAGGUGGCUAGGAUACAGAGUGAUAAACUAUACAAGAAGGAUUAUCACAAGUCCAAGCUGAAAUACCAUUCUCCUGUGGACAUGCUGAGUGUUGUUCAUGCUAAGCAGGCUACGGCUGCUCAAACCUAUGCUGGAUAUAGGCAGAUCAUUACACAUUAUAAUGUUCUACCUGAUGCCAUGAACCUAGAGCUAGCCCGUAACAUGCAGGCGAUCGCAAGUGAUAACAUCUACAAAUCUGAGUAUAACAAUUACAUCAAAGGAAUUGGAUGGAUUCCCAUUGGAUCUCUGGAUGUGGAGAAAGCGAAGACUGCUGGCCGGAUAGGCUGCGAGAAACUGUACCGCACACAUCCCAGUAACUUCAAGUUCACUAAAGACAUGGAUUCCAUGGAUCUGGUCCUAGCCUCGGCCAAUAAUGAAAUCAAAAACAAGCAAAAGUAUACUGCAGCCUGGGAACAGGACAAAACCAAGAUUCACAUUAUGCCAGAUUCAAUGGAAGUGGCUCUUGCUCGUCAAAAUAAAGUUAACUACAGUGAGAAACUAUACAAACUUGCCAAUGAACUAGCAAAGAAAAAGGGUUACGAUCUACGUGCUGACGCCAUCCCAAUUCAAGCUGCAAAAGCGUCAUGUGCCAUUGCUAGUAAUUACAAGUACAAGGCUGGUUAUCGUAAGCAAGUUGGUCAUCACAUUGGAGCCCUCAGCAUCCAGGAUGAUCCUCUGCUCAUGCUGGCCUUGAACUCAGCUAGGAUUGCAAGUGAUGCUCUUUACAAGAAAGACUUCAACAAGUCCAAGACCAAGUUCCACCUCCCAGUAGACAUGUUAUCUUUUGAGUUGGCCAAGAAGAACCAGAUCCAGGUCAAUGAUACCAACUACAGAACCUACCUGCACAACUGGACCUGCCUGCCUGACUCCAAUGAUGUUGUCCAGGCCAGACAAGUCUAUGACCUCCAAAGUGACGCGGUGUAUAAGGCAGAUCUGAAGUGGCUUCAAGGUCUCGGAUGGGUCCCCAUUGGUUCGGUUGAUGUUGAGAAAGUGAAAAAGGCUGAAGAAAUACUAAGUGAAAAGAAGUAUCGUCAGCACCCAAGCAACUUUAAGUUUACUUGUACAACUGAAGACAUGCCACUGGUCUUGGCCAAAGCCAAUAAUGAAAUUAUGAACAAGUCAAAAUAUGUUGAAGCCUGGAACAAUGAUAAAACAAAGAUUCACAUCAUGCCAGAUGCAAUGGAUGUGGUUCUUGCAAAGCAAAACAAAGUCAACUAUAGUGAGAAACAAUAUAAACUUGCCAAUGAACUGGCCAAGAAGAAGGGUUAUGAUUUGCGCAAUGAUGCCAUAUCUGUCAUCGCAGCCAAAGCCUCCAGGGACAUUGCUAGUGACUAUAAGUACAAGACUGGUUAUCGUAAGCAAGUUGGUCAUCACAUUGGAGCCCUGAGCAUCCAAGAUGAUCCUCUGCUCAUGCUGGCCUUGAACUCAGCUAGGAUUGCUAGUGAUGCUCUUUACAAGAAGGACUUCAACAAGUCCAAGACCAAGUUCCACCUCCCAGUAGACAUGUUAGCUUUUGAGUUGGCCAAGAAGAACCAGAUCCAGGUCAAUGAUGCCAACUACAGAACCUACCUGCACAACUGGACCUGCCUGCCCGACUCCAACGAUGUUGUCCAGGCCAGACAAGUCUAUGACCUCCAGAGUGAUGCUGUUUACAAGGCUGAUCUGAAAUGGCUUCAAGGUCUCGGAUGGGUCCCCAUUGGUUCAGUGGAUGUUGAGAAAGUGAAAAAGGCGGGAGAAGUCCUGAGUGAAAGGAAGUACCGUCAACACCCAAGCAACUUUAAAUACACCAUGACAACUCAAGACAUGCCGAUAGCCUUGGCUAAAGCCAAUAACGAUGUCAUGAACAAGCAACUAUAUGUUGAUGCAUGGAACAAAGACAAGACAAAGAUCCAUAUUAUGCCAGAUGCUAUGGACAUUGUACUCGCAAGUCAAAACAAGGCCAACUACAGUCUGAAAUUAUACAAGCUUGCAAAUGAGGAAGCUAAAAAGAAGGGCUAUGACAUGCGAAAUGAUGCCAUCCCCAUCAAAGCAGCCAAGGCCUCCAGGGACAUUGCCAGUGAUUACAAGUACAAGACUGGUUAUCGUAAGCAAGUUGGUCAUCACAUUGGAGCCCUGAGCAUCCAGGAUGAUCCUCUGCUCAUGCUGGCCUUGAACUCAGCUAAGAUUGCUAGUGAUGCUCUUUACAAGAAAGACUUCAACAAGUCCAAGACCAAGUUCCACCUCCCAGUAGACCUGCUGUCUCUUGAGUUGGCCAAGAAGUGCCAGAUCCAAGUUAAUGACGCCAACUACAGAACUUACCUGCACAACUGGACCUGCCUGCCCGACUCCAACGAUGUUGUCCAGGCCAGACAAGUCUAUGACCUCCAGAGUGACGCUGUGUACAAAGCUGAUUUAAAAUGGCUUCAAGGUCUCGGAUGGGUUCCCAUUGGUUCGGUUGAUGUUGAGAAAGUGAAAAAGGCUGGAGAAAUCCUAAAUGAAAGGAAGUAUCGUCAGCACCCAAGCAACUUCAAGUUCACUUGCACAACCGAAGACAUGCCACUGGUCUUGGCCAAAGCCAAUGCAAACAUCAUGAACAAGAAAAGCUAUGUCGAUGCUUGGGAAAAGGAUAAGACCAAGAUCCACGUCAUGCCAGAUACAAUGGAGAUUGUGCUUGCUAAACAGAACAAAGUUAACUACAGUGUGAAACAAUACAAGCUUGCCAAUGAGGAGUCCAAAAAGAAAGGCUAUGACAUGCGUGGUGAUGCCAUUCCUAUAAAAGCAGCUAAAGCCUCUAGGGAUAUCAUCAGUGAUUACAAGUACAAGACUGGUUAUCGUAAGCAAGUUGGUCAUCACAUUGGAGCCCUGAGCAUCCAGGAUGAUCCUCUGCUCAUGCUGGCCUUGAACUCAGCUAAGAUUGCUAGUGAUGCUCUUUACAAGAAAGACUUCAACAAGUCCAAGACCAAGUUCCACCUCCCAGUAGACCUGCUGUCUCUUGAGUUGGCCAAGAAGUGCCAGAUCCAAGUUAAUGACGCCAACUACAGAACUUACCUGCACAACUGGACCUGCCUGCCCGACUCCAACGAUGUUGUCCAGGCCAGACAAGUCUAUGACCUCCAGAGUGACGCUGUGUACAAAGCUGAUUUAAAAUGGCUUCAAGGUCUCGGAUGGGUUCCCAUUGGUUCGGUUGAUGUUGAGAAAGUGAAAAAGGCUGGAGAAAUCCUAAAUGAAAGGAAGUAUCGUCAGCACCCAAGCAACUUCAAGUUCACUUGCACAACCGAAGACAUGCCACUGGUCUUGGCCAAAGCCAAUGCAAACAUCAUGAACAAGAAAAGCUAUGUCGAUGCUUGGGAAAAGGAUAAGACCAAGAUCCACGUCAUGCCAGAUACAAUGGAGAUUGUGCUUGCUAAACAGAACAAAGUUAACUACAGUGUGAAACAAUACAAGCUUGCCAAUGAGGAGUCCAAAAAGAAAGGCUAUGACAUGCGUGGUGAUGCCAUUUCUAUUAAAGCAGCUAAAGCCUCUCGGGAUAUUAUCAGUGAUUACAAGUACAAGACUGGUUAUCGUAAGCAAGUUGGCCAUCACAUUGGAGCCCUGAGCAUCCAGGAUGAUCCUCUGAUCAUGCUGGCCUUGAACUCAGCUAGGAUUGCUAGUGAUGCUCUUUACAAGAAGGACUUCAACAAGUCUAAGACCAAGUUCCACCUCCCAGUAGACAUGUUAUCUUUUGAGUUGGCCAAGAAGAACCAGAUCCAGGUCAAUGAUGCCAACUACAGAACCUACCUGCACAACUGGACCUGCCUGCCCGACUCCAGUGAUGUUGUUCAGGCCAGACAAGUUUAUGACCUCCAGAGUGACGCGGUGUACAAGGCUGAUCUGAAAUGGCUUCAAGGAAUCGGAUGGGUUCCCAUUGGUUCAGUAGAUGUCGAGAAAGUGAAAAAGGCGGGAGAAGUCCUGAGUGAAAGGAAGUACCGCCAACACCCAAGCAACUUCAAGUUCACCCUUACAACUGAAGACAUGCCAAUAGUUUUAGCUAAAAAUAAUGCUUCUAAUAUCAACAAGAAACUUUAUACUGAAGCCUGGGACAAGGAUAAAACCAAAAUCCAUGUUAUGCCUGACUGUAUGGAAGUUCUGUUGGCAAAGCAGAACAAUAUAAACUACAGUGAGAAAAGGUAUAAACUUGCCAACGAAGAAUCUAAGAAGAAGGGCUAUGAUUUGCGUGGUGAUGCAAUUGCUAUCAAAGCAGCUAAGGCUUCCAGGGAUAUCAUCAGUGAUUACAAGUACAAGGCUGGUUAUCGUAAGCAAGUUGGCCAUCACAUUGGAGCCCACAGUGUCCAGGAUGAUCCUCUGCUCAUGCUGGCAUUGAACUCAGCUAGGAUUGCUAGUGAUGCUCUUUACAAGAAGGACUUCAACAAGUCCAAGACCAAGUUCCACCUCCCAGUGGACCUGCUGUCUCUUGAGCUGGCCAAGAAGUGCCAGAUCCAAGUUAAUGAUGCCAACUACAGAACCUACCUGCACAAUUGGACCUGCCUGCCCGACUCCAACGAUGUUGUCCAGGCCAGAAAAGUGUAUGACCUGCGUAGCGAUGCUGUGUACAAAGCAGACAUGGAGUUUAUGACCGGUGUAGGAUGGGUACCGAUUGGCUCGCUUGAUGUCCUGAAAGCAAAGAAAGCAGCUGAGAUCCUUAGUGAUCGGCUCUACAGACAGAAACCAGACACAUUUAAAUAUACACAAGACAUGCAGUCCAUGCCUUUGGUGCUUGCCAAGGCAAAUGCCCAAAUUAUGGAUCAGCAUCAAUACCAUGCAGCAUGGGAGAGUGACAAGGUCAAGAUCCAUAUCCCUGCUGAUACCCCAGAGAUUGUGCUUUCAAGUGCUAAUGCAAUGAACAAUAGUAGGAAACUGUACAGACAAGCAGUUGAGGACAUCUUCAGGAAAGGCUACGACCUCAAACCUGAUGCUGUCGCCAUCAAAGCUGCUAAAGCAUCCAGAGACAUUAUUAGUGAUUACAAGUACAAGGCUGGUUAUCGUAAGCAAGUUGGUCAUCACAUCGGGGCCCUCAGUGUCCAAGAUGAUCCUCUGAUCGUGCUGGCAUUGAACUCAGCUAGGAUUGCUAGUGAUGCUCUUUACAAGAAAGACUUCAACAAGUCCAAGACCAAGUUCCACCUCCCAGUGGACCUGCUGUCUCUUGAGCUGGCCAAGAAGUGCCAGAUCCAAGUUAAUGACGCCAACUACAGAACCUACCUGCACAACUGGACCUGCCUGCCCGACUCCAAUGAUGUUGUCCAGGCCAGGAAGGUCUACGAUCUUCAGAGUGAUGCUGUGUAUAAGGCUGAUAUGGAAUGGAUCAGAGGUACAGGAUGGGUACCCAUAGGCUCAGUUGAUGUAGAGAAGGCUAAAAAGGCUGCUGAGAUUUUGAGUGAAAGGAAGUACCGACAGCAUCCAAGCAACUUCAAGUAUACAAGCAAGACAGAUGCCGUACCUUUUGCUCUUGCCCAAGCUAAUGCCAAGAUCAUGGACAAGAAUGCAUAUUUUGAUGCCUGGAAUAAGGAGAAGAUUCAUAUCCAUGUCAUGCCAGACACACCUGAGAUUGUUCUUGGAAAACAAAACAAACUAAACACAAGCAUCAAAUAUUACCGUCAAGACUAUGAGAACAGCCUUAAGAAGGGCUACUUCCUGCCUAAGGAUGCUGUCGCAGUGAAAUCUGCCAAGGCAUCCAGAGACAUCAUUAGUGAUUACAAGUACAAAGCUGGAUACAGGAAGCAGCAAGGGCACCACAUUGGAGCCCUCAGCAUCCAUGAUGAUCCCUUGACCAUGCUGGCCUUGAACUCAGGCAAGAUUGCUAGUGAUCUUCUCUACAAGAAAGAUUUCAACAAAUCCAAGACCAAGUUCAACCUCCCAGUGGACCUGCUGUCUCUUGAGUUGGCCAAGAAGUGCCAGAUCCAGGUCAAUGAUGCCAACUACAGAACCUACCUGCACAACUGGACCUGCCUGCCCGACUCCAAUGACGUCGUCCAGGCCAGGAAGGUCUAUGACCUCCGCAGUGAUGCUGUGUACAAAGCUGAUCUUGAGUGGAUCCGUGGAUGUGGCUGGAUGACGCAAGGAUCCAUUGACGUCGUCAAAGCCAAGAAUGCUCAGGCUAUCCUUAAUGAGAAACUGUACCGCCAGCUUCCCAGCACAGUCAAGUUCACCAGUGCUGUGGACCUGCCUGUUAUUGUCCUAGCCAAGCAAAAUGCUGACAUCCUCAGCGAUAGAAAAUACAGAGAAGCAUGGGACAAAGAUAAGACAUCUAUCCACAUCAUGCCAGAUACACCUGCCAUCGAGUUGUCCAGAGCCAAUGCCAUUGCUGUCAGCAAUAAAAUGUAUUCCAAAAGCUGGGAUGCUACAAAGGCGAAGGCAUACCACAUCAAAGAGGAUGCCGUGUCUGUGAUCAAGGCUAAAGCAUCCAGAGAUAUAGCUAGUGACUACAAGUACAAGGCUGGUUAUCGUAAGCAAGUUGGUCAUCACAUUGGAGCCCGCAGUGUCCAAGAUGAUCCUCUGCUCAUGCUGGCCUUGAACUCAGCUAGGAUUGCUAGUGAUGCUCUUUACAAGAAGGACUUCAACAAGUCCAAGACCAAGUUCCACCUCCCAGUGGACCUGCUGUCUCUUGAGCUGGCCAAGAAGUGCCAGAUCCAAGUUAUGCCAUACAAGUACAAGGCUGGUUAUCGUAAGCAAGUUGGUCAUCACAUUGGAGCCCGCAGUGUCCAAGAUGAUCCUCUGCUCAUGCUGGCCUUGAACUCAGCUAGGAUUGCUAGUGAUGCUCUUUACAAGAAGGACUUCAACAAGUCCAAGACCAAGUUCCACCUCCCAGUGGACCUGCUGUCUCUUGAGCUGGCCAAGAAGUGCCAAAUCCAAGUUAAUGAUGCCAACUACAGAACGUACCUGCACAACUGGACCUGCCUGCCCGACUCCAACGAUGUUGUCCAGGCCAGGAAGGUCUAUGAUCUGCGUAGUGAUGCUGUGUACAAGGCUGACUUGGAGUGGCUCAGGGGAUGUGGAUGGAUUCCCCAUGAGUCUGUUGAAGUCAUCAAAGUGAGGAAUGCCCAAAAGAUUCUGUCUGAAAGAGGCUACCGUGUGAAACUGGAUGAGCAGAAAUAUACAACACCAAUUGAAAGAAUUGACUUUGUGCUCUCCAAAAAUGCUGCUGAUGUGCUCAAUGAGACUAAGUACCGUGAGGCCUGGCACCAGGACAAGAUUAAAUACACGCUGACAGACUCUCCAGUUUUGGCUACAGCCAGGGAAGUGUCCAAAAUGUACCACCCGCACUUCUACACCAAAAACUGGGACAAGACCAAGGCCACAUCAUACUUCAUGCCCGGAGAUGCAGUUCCAAUUAAACAAUGCAUCCAGACCACUAAAGUACAGAGUAAUUACAAGUACAAGGCUGGUUAUCGUAAGCAAGUUGGUCAUCACAUUGGAGCCCUGAGCGUCCAGGAUGAUCCACUGCUCAUGCUGGCCUUGAACUCAGCUAGGAUUGCUAGUGAUGCUCUUUACAAGAAGGACUUCAACAGGUCCAAAACUAAAUUCAACCUUCCAGUGGACAUGCUGGCAUUUGAACAUGCAAAGAAGUGCCAGAUCCAAGUCAAUGAUGACAAGUACAGAACUCUCCUGCACCAGUGGACAUGCUUGCCUGAUCAGAAUGAUGUCAUUCAGGCCCGUAAAGCGUAUGACUUAGCCAGUGACAAUGUCUACAAAGCAGAUCUGGAAUGGUUACGUGGUUGUGGCUGGGUGGCUGCUGAUUGUGUGGAUCAUGUCAAAGUCCGAAAAGCCCAGGAAAUUAUGAAUGAUAGACUUUACAAGAAGGAUGCUAUGGAAAACUUUGGCAGAUUUACCCACAUUGUGGAUCGCCCUGAGGUUGUUCUUGCAAAGGUUAACGCCUUUAACCUCAGUGAUCUGAAGUACAAAGAAUCAUUUAACCUGGAGAAGGGCCACUACAUCGGAUCUGAGGAUACACCACAGCUGGCUCACUCUAGAGAGGUCGCAAAGAUGAUCAGUGAGAAAUUGUACAAAGUCGACUGGGAUGAGAGCAAAGCCACUGGCUACCAGCUGAAUCAUAAAUAUAUACCAGUACAACAAGCCAAGAAGACCAGAGACAUGAUCAGUAAUUAUAAGUACCUUGAUGCUCAUGAGAAGGCCAAAGGCCACUACUUGGCUUCAACACUGGUUGACUUCCCUGAGGUGGUUCGCUCUGGCCAAAUGGAGAAAAUGAAGAAUCUGAGAGACUACCACAAAGCCUACAAUGAAACCAAAACUAAGCUCCACAUUCCUGCUGAUAUGAUCAGCCACGUGGUUGCCAAGAAAUGCCAGGAAAUCCUGACUGAUGUGCUAUACCGUACAUACCUGCACCAGUGGACAUGCCACCCUGAUCAAAACGAUGCCAUCCGUGCACGCAAGGCCAAUGAGAUCUUGAGUGAUGUGUUCUACAAAGAUGACCUGAACUGGAUGAAGGGUGUUGGCUGUUACGUCUGGGAUACUCCCGAGAUUGUGCGUGCCAAGAAGUCAUAUGAGCUUCAGAGUGAUAUUAAAUAUAAGGCAGAAGGCAAGAAGGAAUGGAACAACUACUCCAUUGUGACAGACACACCUGUAUAUGUGACUGCUGUUCUGGGCCACACUUGGGCCAGCGAGUUGAACUACAGAGAGGCAUAUCAUAAGGAGAAACACAUUUACACCACUGUUCUGGACACCUGUGACUACGCAAGAUGCUUUAACCUGAAGGAGAUCUACAGCACCAAAGCCUAUUCUGCAGCUUGGGACAAGAUCAAGGCCAAGAGCUACAGCAUCCCUCACGAUUCCCAUGCCUUAGUCCAUGCCAAACAACAGAAGGUUGUCCUGAGCAAUGUUAAAUACAAGGAAGAUUAUGAGAAGUUCAAGACCCUGUACAGCCUGCCUAAGUGUCUUGAGGAUGACCCCGCUACUGCAAGAUGUAUCAAAGCUGGAAAACUGGUUCUGGAUCGCUUGUACAAAGACAAAUAUGAGAAGACCAAGGCAAAGGUCCAUGUACCUCCCGACAUGCUUGACAUUGUAUCCGCACGCAGUACUCAGAAGACUGUCAGUGGGGUUGACUACCGUAAAUAUCUGCACCAGUGGAUCUGCCUGCCUGACAUGCAGGUGUACGUGCACGCCCGCAAGGUCAACGAGCAACUGAGCGACAUCUUCUACAAAGAUGACCUCAACUGGUUGAAGGGUAUUGGCUGCUAUGCUUGGGACACUCCUGAGAUUCUUCGUUGUAAGCAAUCUAUGAAGCUGCAGAGCGAAAAUCUUUACAGAGCUAAGGGAAUCGAGCACUUCAAGGACUACACUGUGGUCACGGAUACCCCCGUCUAUGAAACGUGCAAGCAGAGUGCUAAGAACUUGAGCGAGCUUAACUACCAUCAUGACUACGUCACAAACGUCAUGGGUAAAAACACCGCUCCUGCUGUGACUGUCGAUACUGAAAGGGCCCGUCAAGCCAACUACAUCCAGAGCGACAACUUCUACAAAGAGGCCAAUAAGAUGUUUAUGCCCACUGGUUACUCUCUGCCCUACGACACUCCCCUAAACAAACAGGCCAAGGCCAACAGCAUCAUCACCAGCAAUAUGAAGUACAAGGAAGCCUAUGAGCUGAUGAAAGCCAGGAGCUACAAACUAGGUCCUGAAGGUGUCAACUUUGUCUCCAUAAGGAAGGCUAACAAGGUCACCAACCAACGACUGUAUCGUGAGAAAUAUGAGAAGGAAAAGGACAAGAUCCACUCUGAGUAUGACACACCUGAGAUCCGGCAGGUUAAGGCCACUCAACAAGCAAUCAGUGAUCUGUGCUAUAAGGAGAAGUACUACAACACUAGAGGAACUCUUCUGCCCAUGCCCAUCACCCCAGAGCUGAUGCAUUGCUUCCAUGUCAAAGAGAUGAACAGCGAUCUGAAAUAUAAAGAGGAUUUGCAUUGGCUGAGAGGCAUUGGCUGCUUUAUGGCAGACUCUCCUGAGAUGGUCCGAAUCCGUGAGAUCACCAAGUUCAGAAAAUCAUAUGAGGUUGAUGCCAAGAAGAACUUUUCCAACUUCAGUGUAGUCCUGGACACACCAGAGUACAAGCGUGUGACUGAACUCAAGACCCACAUGAGUAAUAUUGUGUACCGAGCUGAGGGCAAUAAGGAAAUGACAAAAUGCACCACCACUGUGGAUGGCCUGGAAAUUAAGAGAGCCAAGUGGGCACAGAGUCUGACCAACCAUUUCCAGUACAUUGAUCUGGCAUCCAAGGAGAGGGCCUUCUUCACCCCAGAAUCACACACUCCCGUCUUGGAUCAUGCCCGUUCCAAUAGGUCCUACCGUGCCAGCUAUGAGAAGUCUAAGGAUAAGUACACCGUAGUUGUAGAUGAUCCUAGAAACAUCUUGGCUAAGGAGGCCAGCAAGAUGAGUCAGGGAAAAUAUAAAUUCAAGGCCAAGGAGUUACUCAAGAGUGGCUGCAAUGAGCUGCUCCGUCCUGACAUUCUUGUUGCAAUGUACAACUCUGGCAUGUGGAGUAAGGUUGAGUACAAGUACGAUAAGGAAAUGUUGAAGGGCUGUGUAAUGUCUGUUACUGAUGAUAAAUACACCAUUCUGGCUAAGCAGAACUCUGAGCUUGCCAGCGAUGUGAAAUACAAGGAGAAGUAUGAAAAGACCAAAGGCCAGUACAUUGCUGUCCAUGACACUCCUCAAAUCCUUCAUGCUAAAUCAGUGGCUAAACGUGUGUCUGAGACCAGAUACAAGGAGGCCAGCAAAAAGGAUCUCCAGUCAGGCGGCUUCACCACUCUUGCUGAAACCCGGGAGACUGCCCACAGCAAAGAGGUUGCCAAAAUCACAAGUGCUAAAUUGUACAAGCAGAAGUUUGAGAAGGAGAAAGGCAAGUCUAAUUACAACCAAAUGAUUGCUCCUCCUGAUGUGCAACAUGCCAUGGAAGUGGCCAAGAACCAAAGCAAUAUCGCCUAUAAGCAGGAGGCUAAAGCCAAGCUGACGUACACUCCGGUUGCUGACCGCCCAGACAUCAGGAAAGCCACUCAAGCUGCUAAGCUCGUCAGUGAGAUCGGAUACCGUGAUAAGGCUCGCCAGGAGGCCAGCCGUGGUGGAACGCUGCUCGGCCGUCCUGAUAUCACCCUGGCCACUGAGGUGUCCCAACUGACCAGUCAGCUGAAGUACAAGGAGAAGUUUGACAAGGAGAUGAAAGGAAAGAGACCACAGUAUGAUUUGAAGAACAGCAAGAUUUAUCAGACUCUGAAGGACGCCAAUGAUCUUGCAAGCGAGGUGAAGUACAACGGGGAUCUGAAGAAGAUUCACAAACCUGUUACGGACAUGGCGGAGUCUCUGUCCAUGCAGCACAGCCUGAGCACUAGCAAGCUGGCCAGUGAUUACCAGUACAAGAAGAAGUUUGAGGAGAGUAGGGGUCACUACCAUAUGAUACCCGACACACCUGAGCAGCUUCACCACAAAGAGGCCUCAGAGCUGCAGAGUCAAGUGAAAUAUAAGGAGAAAUAUGAGAGAGAAAGAGGCAAAGCCAUGCUGGAUUUCGAGACUCCUACUUACGUAACUGCAAAGGAGGCUCAACAUCUGCAGAGUCAGAAAGAGUAUAAGAAGGACUUUGAGAUGACAAUGAAAGGAAAGAACCUCUCUGGGUUGGAGUUCACCCCUGCCAUGAUGCAUGUCAGACACGCCACGAAAAUUGUUAGCGAGAAAGAGUACAGGAGGGAUCUAGAGGAAGGGGUGAAGGGUAAAGGGCUUACAGUGCUGGAGGAAACUCCUGAGUUACUGAGAGCAAAGAAUGCUACUCAGAUCCUGUGUGAGAGAGAGUACAAGAAAUCAUUGGAGCAAGAGAUCAAAGGAAAAGGCAUGCUGGCUUUGGCUACUGACACUCCAGACUUCUUGAGGGCAAGGAAUGCCACAGAAAUCCUCAGUCAGGCCAAGUACAAGCAGAAUGCUGAGCAUGACAGAGCCACAUACACCACAGUCAUUGACACCCCUGACAUCCUCCACGCUCAGCAGAUCAGGAACAUUGUGAGCCAGAAAAAGUACAAAGAGGAGGCUGAAAAGACCAUGUCACACUAUGUGCCUGUGUUGGACACUCCUGAGAUGCAAAGAGUGCGUGAGAACCAGAAGAACUUCAGCACUCUUCAGUACCAGCUUGACCUUAAAAACAGUAAGGGCAAAGUUUCAGCACUAAAGGACACCCCUGAAAUGCUUUGUGUUAAAGAAAAUACAAAGAAUUUCAGCUUGAUCCAGUACAAGGAGGAGCUUGGGCAAGGAACAGCCAUAUCUGAAACCCCUGAGAUGGAGAGGGUUAAAGCAAUCAGGAGGCUAUUAGCACGGUACACUGCGUGUGACCCCAUCAUUCACCCUGCUUCCUGUUGGAGUGUCUCCAAAAUGCCUCCUGAUUUUAAUCAAAAUUCUGUCAGCAUCCUAAGAAAUAUAAAAUACAAGGAUUCGCUGAGUCAAGGCACAGCCAUACCAGACCUCCCCGAGAUGAAGCGGGUCAAAGAGAAUCAGAAGCACAUAAGCUCGGUUUUGUAUAAGGACCCGUCUGCGAAGGGAACGCCUGUGGUGUUCACUCCAGAGAUGAAGCGGGUCAAACGGAACCAAUUGCAGAUUAGCUCGGUUCUGUACUCCGACAGCUUCCGUAAGCAGGUGCAGGGCAAGGCCGCCUUUGUGCUGGACACCCCUGAGAUGAGACGUGUUAAAGAAACCCAGCGUAUCAUCUCUGGAGUCAGAUACCACCAGGACUUUGAGAAGAGUAAGGGCAGCUUCACCCCCACCAUCUCUGACCCCGUCACUGAGCGUGUGAAGAGGAACACCCAGGACUUCAGUGACAUCAGCUACCGCGGCAUCCAGAGACGUGUGGUGGAGAUGGAGAGGAGACGUGCAGAGGAGCACGAUCAGGAGACCAUCACUGACCUGCGUGUGUGGCGCACAAACCCUGGCUCUGUCUUUGACUAUGACCCUGCCGAGGACAACAUCCAGUCCAGAAGUCUUCACAUGAUGUCAGUCCAAGCCCAGCGUCGCAGUAAGGAGCACUCCCGCUCCACCAGCGCAAUGAGUGGUGUGGGCGAUGAGAAGUCAGAGGUGUCUGAGAACGUGGACCACCACGCAUCCCUCUACAGCAAUGGCUUUGGUGUCUCCACUCUACAAGGUUACACACAGACCAAGACAAUUGAGGUUCAGCAGAGAUCCUCCUCUGUGGCAACACAACAGACCACUGUUUCUUCUGUCCCCUCACAUCCCUCAACCACUGGAAAAACUGUCCGUGCCAUGUAUGACUAUGCUGCUGCAGACAAUGAUGAAGUGUCCUUCAAGGACGGUGAUGUGAUUGUGAGUGUGCAGUCUAUCGAUGAGGGUUGGAUGUAUGGCACUGUGCAGCGUACUGGAAAGACCGGUAUGCUCCCUGCCAACUAUGUGGAAGCCAUCUAAAUACAACUACUGCCCUCUCAAACUCCCUGUGGAUGAGGGCGUUUGAUAUCCACUCAGAACAAACCAUUUUAUGUGUACUAAUGUUUGUCCGAGUAGUUAUGCUGUUUGUCCUCAUUACUGUUAAGAAAUUUCAUUUGUGCCCAUGUCACAAGUCUAUUGUGGUUGUGGCAUGAGAAACUGACAAAUUAUACAUACCUAUUUAAGUCACAGACAAUUAUAUUUAUCUUUGUUGUUCUAUUCUAACAGUUAAGUAACUGGAGCCCAUUAUUUUUGUAUAUUGCAAUCACACUACAUUCAAAGAAGGCCAUCCUGAAAGUUUUAACGCUGAAACGUUUGCACAACGAGAGAUGGGCUCAUGGUUCACUUUAUAUGUGAAAAAGGAAAAUCUGAAAUUGUUUUAUAAAAACCGAACAGCGGCACUAAAGUGAAAAUGAAAAUAAGAAAAAAAAACCUUGAAGACGUUGAGGACAGGCCAUCAGUUCCUCAAAAAUGAAAAUGUAUUGAUGUUAAAAGCAAGCCUCCUCCCUCCCUUGCUGAAGGCUGGCCACUAUUUGCAUGUGUGUUUUGUUUCUUUGAUUCUGUAGGUGUGGGGUUAGAGGAAGAUGUAUACCUUGAAUCAGUAGAUAAUAAAACACACCAUGCUUCUGCAGUC